AUGAGUGCCAUCCUCUCCGCCGACGAUCUCAACGACUUCAUCUCCCCCGGAGUCGCCUGCAUCAAGCCCAUCGAGACCCUCCCCGCCGCACCCCAGCAGUCUGCCAACGAAAACGAAGUCAUUCUCGAUGGACAGCAACCCUCUUCGUCCAAUGCCACGCCCGCUCAGAUCUCUCUCACAGACUGCCUCGCCUGCUCCGGCUGCGUCACAUCCGCAGAGGCUAUCCUAGUCAGCCUGCAGAGCCACACCGAAGUCAUUUCAACGCUCGAUGCGGCCCCGGCGCUGCGCGUAGUAGGACCCGAUGCGAGCGGACAUUUCACAGUCGAGGGCCUGGAGAAUGAAAAUGCGAAGCUGUUCGUUGCCAGUGUAAGCUCCCAAACGAGGGCAAACCUGGCUGCUGCAUGCGGGCCAGGCGUCUCCGAAAGCCAGGCCGGAUAUAUGCUGGAGAGUCUGUUACGGGGUCCCGAGGGACUUGCAAAAGGAGGAAAGUGGAAUACUUCAUUCGAGUGGGUGGUCGAUAUCAAUGUGGCCCGAGAUGCGACUCUUGCACUCGGUGCAGCCGAGGUCCUCUCUUCCCCCACACCGGGCGUCUCAAGGCCGUCACAGCCAAUCCUAGCUUCAUCAUGUCCUGGCUGGGUGUGCUAUGCAGAAAAGACUCAUCCAUAUGUUUUACCACAUCUAUCCAAAGUCAAGUCGCCACAGGCCCUUAUGGGCACCAUCCUGAAAACAUCGCUGAGCCGGAAGCUGGGCAUCUCGCCCAGUAGAAUAUGGCAUGUGGCUGUCAUGCCUUGCUUCGAUAAGAAGCUAGAGGCCAGUCGGGAAGAGCUCACCGAUGAAGUGUGGGCACGCUCUGGCUUGCCUGGAAAGGGAAUCCGAGACGUCGACUGCGUCAUCACGAGCAAAGAGGUUCUGAUGCUGGCAGAGUCAAGGGGCCUCGACUUCUUCAGCAUGUCCAAAUCCGCAUCAUCCCUCACACCCUCAAUACCCUUCCCGGAUGAAAAACUCCAGGCAUUCUUGUUUCCAAGCAAGGGCUCAAGAAACCCCUCACGUGUAGCUGGUUCGUCCGGCGGGCUGUUACACCACAUUCUCCAAACCAGGGCCGCCCAAACGCCAGGCUCCGAGAUACAAAUCGUCCGAGGCCGUAAUGUUGAUGUUGUCGAAUACUUUGUCACGGUAAAUGGCGAGCCUAUUUUCAAGGCCGCUCGGUACUACGGCUUCAGAAAUAUCCAAAAUCUCGUCAGGCGGUUGAAGCCGGCUCGUCCCUUUGUUGAAGUCAUGGCAUGCCCCGGCGGCUGCACUAAUGGUGGUGGUCAAAUCAAAGUCGACGAUCCCGAGCAAAAGGAUUGGCUGGCAGAAAUCGAUGAGGCAUAUUUCUCGGGCGAAGAUUCGCUGGUCGAACACAAUGGCUGUGGCCCCGAGAAGGUUGUUGGAGGCAUUUCCCAUUCAUAUAUAGACGAUACCCUGGCGUACUGGUCCAGCAUGACGGGGAUAGGGUUAGAUAGACUGGCUUUCACGAGCUAUCGUGAGGUGAUUAGCGAUGUUGGAAAGGAUACAGCCACCGAGAGAGCCGCCCAGCUAGCCGGUAAAGCUGACGGUGGGUGGUAG